AUGGUUCCGAAUUUUCAUCUUAAUAAUGAUUUUGUAAUGUCUAGCGAUGAGGUCCAUAUUGUGGGUACGCACAAUAAUCGUACCAUCGUGGCACACGCCGCUAGCUAUUCUCAAGAAGGUCGCCUUGAUGUUAGAGAUCUAAGGAAACUUGCAACCUUAAUCGCUCGGUACCCUGACAAUACCGUGGGUAUUUUACUUUUACAAGAUCAUGAUAGUCUCUCAAAAAAAUCGGUCCAGUUGCUAGAUACUUUGAGAGACAAGAACUUGGUUACAAACACGUUAAACCUUCACCGCGAUCUUAGAUGUAAAUUAGGAUAUAACGAUAGAGACAAUUCCGCAAAUUCUCUAAGAUUUAAUUUUGCUUUAGAUUUUAAAUUCACAAAUAUUGCAAUUAUAAUGUUAUAUCUAGCAAUAAUUACU